UGCAAGGUGCUAUUCGAAACGAGUUAGGCUGCUGCAGGCUGAGGAUGUGAGGACAAAGAUUGCACCUGAGCGAAAACACACUCUGUCUGAAGAUGACUGUAAACCUUAUAGAAACAGUGUUUACGUCGAACGUGUAAAUAAGGCGGAAGUCUCAGCGGGUCGUGUGCAGAAUAGCAUCUCCGAGCUACUUAUGUGUAAUGCUCAACAUGACGAAUCGAGCAGUGAGAGUCUCGUAGCAGCGACAAUGCUCAGGCCUGUCAAAACCGGCUUGUUCAGAUCUUGUCCGUCACAUCAAUGACUAUGGAUGUCAGAGCAGUUCUGGAGUUUGCAACAGUCACCAGAUGUCUGUCGCUGUUUCUACAAGCUGUCUUGAACGCUGCCAUCCCUGACCAUGAUGCUGAUGCGUUCAGGCCCCCGCGGACAGAGGAGCCCCUCUACCUGGACUCGACCGUGGAGUGGUUGUUGGGGGGCCUCUCACACUGGGACGCAGAGCACUUCCUCUUCAUCGCUGAGAGGGGAUACCUUUACGAGCACAACUUUGCUUUCUUCCCCCUCUUCCCCGUGGUCCUGCGAGGCCUGGCCGACACACUCCUGUGGCCCAUAAGCAGCUGGCUGAGCGUGCGGGGGCGUCUGUUGGUGGCAGUUGCUCUGGGCAACAGUGCCCUCUUCCUGCUGAGUGUGGUCGCCCUGCACGCGCUCAGCAGAAUCGUUUUGCAGGACAAGCGUCUCGCUCUUCUCUCCAGCCUGCUCUACUGCAUCACACCGGCCAACGUUUUCAUGACCGCUGGAUACUCGGAGAGCCUGUUUGCGGCGCUCACAUUUGGCGGCCUGUUCCUCCUGGAGAAAGGAUUCACUCUCCGAGCAUGCCUGGCCCUCAGCAUAGCCACCGCAGCACGAUCCAAUGGACUCGUUAACAUAGGGUUUCUACUGUAUGUUCCAUCUCUGCACGCCAUCUCCCAGAUCCGUGUGUAUCGCACAACAACAAAAGGCCAUAGUAAAGUCUUCAGAUAUAUUUGGGUCAUUAUCCGCCUCUUGCUAACCUCCCUCUUGGGAACCGCAAUAAUCGCCAUUCCCUUCUGUGCUUUCCAGUACUACGGGUACAGGACGUUUUGCACGCCAUCCGUCUCCCUGGAACGGAUUCCCCCUCCUCUUUUGUCGCUCGCUGAACGAAAGGGCUACCGAGUCCCGGAUGAAAACGGUCCACCACCACUCUGGUGCAUGAGACCACUCCCACUGCUUUACUCUCACAUCCAGGAUGUGUACUGGGAUGUGGGCUUCCUCCGCUACUUUGAGCUGAGGCAGAUACCGAACUUUAUCCUGGCUCUGCCGAUGGCUAACCUCGGCAUCAUGGCAGCUUAUGCAUACUUUCAAGCGAACCCAGAGCUGUGUCUGAGGCUCGGACUUUGGGAGACAAGUGCAAAUAAAGGACUUGACAAACCCACCCCGGGAAUGUUCAACCCCCGAGUGUUUGUGUAUGUCGUUCACUCAACAGUUCUUCUGGUGUUUGGAACUUUGUGCAUGCAUGUGCAGGUUCUGACCAGAUUCAUGGCCUCCUCGUCUCCGGUGCCGUUCUGGAUCAGUGCUCAUCUGCUCCUCCUUAAUGAACCUCUCCUUCAUCGGAGGAAAACAUCAAAUCCCAAUGUGCAGCUACAGACUCAAUCCAGAAAUGGAUGCGAUCACAAACCUCAAAACCCCAUCAUGGCUCUGCUGCCACACUUUACAACCUGUUCUCCUACCACGCAAAGCAUCCUGGGAUACUUCCUCUCUUACUGGCUGCUGGGCCUCGCUCUGCAUUGUAACUUCUUGCCAUGGACAUAGUUUGUUACUCUGAGCUUUAAAUGCAAUGUUUAUUUGAUGGACUUGGCAGUAUACCAAACUUUGAAUGAUAAGAAAUGUUUUUUUUUUUUAAAUACCAGUAAUUGUAAUAUUUUCAUUGCAAUAGUAUAACGCAGAUUAUUCCAGGUAAAAAAAAGGAUUUGCCAUUAUUUAUUCCUUUAGAAUAAAAAGAAAUAGCUUUUGCCACAAUUUCCGUAAAAAAAGAAUCAAAGUAGAGAAAAGUAACAAUACUCCACCUCAUUUUAAGAGUUUUUCGCCAAGUCCUGCAUAGAAAGUAUUCACUUAAAUAAGGUUUUUUUUUGUAUGCCAAUUAAUUCAUGCGCUAGAAAACAAAUUAGAUUUACACAUCUCUGUUUUAAUGGUGUUUGCAACAGUCUAAGGACAAUUUUAUCCUAAGUCAUUUUGCACUGCAUGUCUGGAAAAAUCAUUCCAAGUUAGAGUUUUGGGACUUUAGGGAAUGAAUUAAAAAAUAAACAUUUUGUUGAUGUUAAAUCAUCCUCUAUGUAAGUUUACUUUAAAUGUGGGGGAGGGGGGGCUUUUUUAGGCAUAAAUGUAAAACUGCUGUAUUGUGUUUUGAUGUACAGGAUAAUAACUGCCAAAGUUGCACUGGCAAGUUUAGCUUUGAAUUUAAAGAUUAAAGUAAAUGUGAAAAACAA